GCCUGCGUGGUACGUACUUUCCGUUGUAUGGGUUGUGUUGUGUUGUGCGGAGCGUAUGUUGCUUGAGAUGGCAACGAACAGCACCAACGAUUCGCUCGGCCUCACCAACUCCACUGCCUUUGACUGGGAGCCGUUCUACUACGCCGACCCGCCGUACCGAGAACUGCAGAUGGUUUGGCUGACGGCCUGUACCGUUCUGGGGGUCUGUGGGAACAUGGCGCUUCUCAUCACGGUGUCGUGCGUACAGGAGCUGAGAACGCCCGGGAACGCCCUGCUCUGCGCUCUGGCCGCCGCCGACGUCUUGCAACUCCUCGGCAAAGUCCCUAUGGCAACGAUCUUCUUGUUUAACGGGAAACCGCUGGCGUGUGACGGCGUGUUCCUCAUCAUCGACACGGUGUACCUGAUCGGGGCACAGUUCUCCAUCAACAUCAUCGCGCCGAUUUCCAUCGACAGAUACUGGAUCUGGCGUGAGUUGAAACGACGUCAGCACAGCCGAAUCAACCCUGAGACCCGGUCUGAGAUGGAGUACGGGGAGACGGUGGUGGUCCCGACCUCCCGUGUGCCUAGCCCGGAGUCCGACCGCAGCCCGGGGACGUCAGACGGCGGCGGUGCCCGUGACGAGCCGUUCUUUUCCCCAUUCACACCCGAGGAUCCCACCUUCCCGUCCCCCCAGCCGUGCGCCCAGGCCGUCUCUCUGUCAGAAGUGGUGUCAGCGGACGUCAGUCUCGCUGAGGACUGCGACAAGCAAGAUCAGAUAUCUCUGGAAUCUGCUGGACAGUUCAAGCCGCCACAACCGGUCACCUUGCCCUGGGAUGGAGUUCAGAUCUCCCCGGAGUUCAGAGCUCGGAUGAGGUCGGCCACCUUGGUCCUGCUGAUCGUGGUGGCCUACGUGGUGUCCUGGGCUCCGUACUUCGGCGUCAUCAUCCGGAUGAACGCGGUAGGGGACGAGGCCUCCGCCGCUACGGACGGGAGAUGGCAGCGGUUCGCCGUGCUGUUUUCCCUGCUGUCCACCUUCUCCAACCCGAUCAUCUACGCCUACAGAAACCCGCAGCUUCGCGAAGGCUUCUUUGGGCUGGUCCGGAGAGGAUCGCUGUAGAUGUUAUUGUCAGUGGUUUGAUGGUAGAUGCGUUGAUAUAAGGCCAUGAUCAGACGAAGCGCAUUGGAUUCAGAUUCCACCAAAGCAAGAUUCAUGUGGCCCCAUUCUUUGGCUGGUCCGGAGACGACCACUCUAGAUGUUGUGAUUGGCAGUGGUGUGAUUGUAGAUGCGUUUAAAUCUAAGUCUUUGGUUCUGAUGGACAGUAUGCAGUGUAUCUUCAGUGUUGUCUUUUGAUAUACUAGUUAUCAAGUCGAUUGAGUAAAACUAUACUUCUUUCUAUUUUUUGUUUACAUCGUUGACUUGGUCCAGUGUGUUUGUAGCAUUGUAUUAGACAUACAUGUAUGCAUUCUGAAUUUGAAAGGGAAGGUGCUUUGAUAUUGGUAAUAGUGUGCUAUAUACAUCAGUGUAAUACUUUUUAUUAGACAUUUUGGGAAGAUGCUUGGAUAUAGCUAAUAAUGUAUAUAUUGUAUACAAUAUUAUUGCUGAUUAUAAGUAUGUAGAACUCCUUCUUCCCUCGGAAUGCUCUCGAGUCCCACUCACACCCGUGGUCUCCUUAUCAUUCAAACAUGUAGCGUACAGAAUCAAGACGUGUUGGCACUGCUAAUGACAUAUCUAUUUUCGUUAACCUGGUAAUCUUAGGUUUCCUUUGAGUGUUCUCUGCCAUUAAAACACCAUUUGAGCCGCCCUGAAGGCUAAUCACUUCCUCAGAGGCGUGCGUGUGUGCAAGUUAAUAAGCCACCUGAGGCUUACACAGUACGAUUAACGUCCCUUCUGGAUUCAGGAAUUAACUGAAUUAAUCGUCUCUCAUUCAUAAUCUCUCCAAGCGUUUCAGGCGAGACCGUGUGAGCCGGCUUACUUGCCGGGUUUUGUAAAUUCUAUAUAGACCUGGGGCGGAUGGUACGUAUUACAGAUGUAAGGGUUGAAGGAAGAUUUCUAAUGCUGAGGUCAUAUUUCCACCCCGGGG